AUGGCAACACAACAACAUGAAGAAAUGGGCACGCUCAUCUAUGUGUACGGAACUUUGAAAACAGGAAUGGCCAACUAUGAACACAAAAUGGUCCACUAUCCAUGUUGUAAAUUAUUGGCCCAUGCUAAAACACUCAACAAGUAUCCACUGAUUGUUGCUGGAGAGAGAAAAGUACCAUACCUUUUUGAUUCAGAAGGAAUUGGUCAUCAAAUUGAAGGAGAAGUUUACCGAGUGGUUGAUGCCAAACAUUUGGAAGAGUUGGAUAUAUUUGAAGGAUGUGAUACUGGACAUUAUAAUAGAAUUCCUAUUGAGGUGAUUGUUACAUCUGUUCCUGAAUCAUCGGAAUGGAAUGUUGGUAGUAUUGUCAAGUGUUUUGUCUAUAUGAGAAAUAAGCAAGCAGGAGAUGAAGAAUUUCUUAAGGAACAUGAACAUGAAAUGAUUCCUUCCUUUACGAGUGAACAUAAUCAAUUUUAUCAAAGAGCUGCUGAUCAUAUUGGAUAA